AUGACAACGACUGUUUUAUCGGAUAUAAAAAUGGAUGAAACUCAAAUAAGAAGAGCAUUACUCGUAGUCGAUCUUCAACAAGAUUUUACCACUCCUAAUGGUCCAUUUAAAAAUUCAUAUUUUAAGAUUGAUCAUAUUAUUUCUAAUUUGACUACUAUUCUUCCACAUUUUCGUGAACACAAUGGUAUUGUUAUUUGGAUAAAAGCAGAUUAUUCGAAAUUUAUAUCAGAACCAAAAUAUCUUACUCGUCCAGAAGGUGAACGAUAUGAAGGAAUUCCAAUGAAUGAUGCUCUUCUUUCUGGUUCACACAAAGCAUUUCCAUUAUGUAUGCCUGGAACCGAUGGAGAAAAGUUUAUGCCUGAAAUUGAAUCACUUAUAAAAACCGAUCAAGAUAUAAUCAUAACUAAAACAUAUUAUUCAGCAUUUACCGAUACCAAUCUUGCUGAUAUUCUGAAAGAUGUACAAGAAGUUCAUAUCUGUGGUCUUGUAACAGGUGUUUGCGUUCAAGCAACAACUACUGAUGCUUUCUUUCAUGGACAUAAAGUUUUUAUUUGGACUGAUUGUCUUGGACAUCGAAAUGAAAAAGGACAUCGAAAAGCCUUGAGUAAUAUGAAACGAUGGUAUGCAACAAUGAUAAAUUCAAGUAAUUAUUAUCAACAAGCAACACUUGCCAAUUUGAAACCUAUUCUAUAUUUUGUUAAUGGAUCUAUACCUAGCUGGAGAGUAAUGAUGGCACUUUAUGAAAAAGGUAUUGAUUUUGAAGGAAAACGUUUAAAAGUUAUGUCAACACCUAAACAAACUAAAUCAGUCGAAUUUCUUGCUAUUAAUCCUCGUGGUUUAACACCAACAUUAGUCGAUACAGAUGGUUCAAUUAUUGCUGAAUCUCUUGCUAUUCUACAUUAUCUGGAAGAAUAUUAUCCAAAUACUCUUCCACUUAUACCUGUUGAGAAAUCUGAACAUAUUAAAGUUUUACAACGAAUUCAAGAGUCACAAAAUCUUGUUGAUAUAUAUGAACCACUUGAAGAGAUUGUAUUUAAAACACCUAAAGAAGAGCAAUCAUCACAUAAAGAUUCAAUUAUUAAAACUCUUCAAUUAAUCGAUCAAGAACUUGCAUUUUGGGAAAUGUAUUUAACAAAAACAAUAUUCAUUGCUUGUGAUCAAUUUACAUUAGCUGAUUGUGCAUUCUAUCCUGUUAUUGCUUAUUUAAUACAUCGAGGAUUAAAUCUAGAUAAAUUUCCAAUACUUAAAAAUUAUAUCAACACAAUUAAAACCAAACCAGCUGCAAUCAAAUCACAUCCAAUAGAUUGGGUUGAGAAAAGUGGUAAAAUCAAUAUAUUUAGAGUGGUUAACAAUAUUGUAGGCAAUUGUAAUAAAGAAAAUGAAUAA